AUGGCUGAAAAUGUCAGUGCAGGAACUCCUGAACCUGAAAACAAAGCAGCCAAUCUUAUGAUUCGUAUCUUUGAUGAUGAGAAUGCCUUGUUACAGCAAGCCCUUGCAAUGUCAAUGGAUGAUUCUUCCUCCAAUGUCACUACACGAGACACUGACAUGUCGGAAGCAGCUUCUGAAGAUCAAGACUUGGCACUUGCUCUUCAAUUGUCUGUGCAGGACAGUACAAUUGAUCAGUCAAAUCAGACAGAUAUGAGUAAGCUGUUAGCAGAUCAAUCAUUUGUGUCAUCAAUCCUUGCCUCACUUCCAGGUGUAGAUCCAAAUGAUCCUUCCGUUAAAGAUUUGCUUGCUUUCAUGCAAGGCCAGUCAUCUGAGAUGAAUCAAUGUGAAGCGAGGGGUAUCACUUAG